CGGAUAAGGGGGACUGCCAGAAAGAAGAAGAAGAGAGAGAGAGAGAGGUGACAAUGGCUCAAACACUAGCAAUGCCAAUCUCUCCAUCUAUUUCAAUAGUCAGCAAAGGAGGAAACCCUUCCUUUUGUCUUCCAAAUCCUUCCACCAUUUCCUUCCCUUCUAAUCCCUCUUCCUCUCUCAACUAUCGGGGGCUAAGCAUAAGGUGCGCUCGUGUAGGAGGGGUGGAGAUCCCGAACAACAAGAGGAUAGAGAGCUCUCUGCAGUACAUACACGGCAUAGGGCGGACGAGGGCCCGACAGAUCCUAUGCGACCUGACCAUGCAGAACAAGGUCACCAAAGACCUCUCUGAACAUGAGCUCAUCAUCAUUCGUGAUGAAGUCUCCAAGUACAUGAUCGAAGGCGACCUCAGGCGUUUCAAUGCCCUUCAGAUUCGGAGGUUGAAGGAGAUCCAAUGCUAUAGAGGGAUUCGCCAUAUUCAAGGGCUGCCUUGCAGAGGGCAGCACACAAAGAACAAUUGCCGCACGUUGAAGGGUAAGAGGGUCUCGAUUGCCGGCAAGAAGAAGACUCGUUAAGAAGAAUGAAUUGGUGAGAGACAUGGUUCGUUCAUAGUUCAUAUUGGAAAUUUAAAAGUUUUGAGCAAAUUGUCUUUCCCUACAUUUUGGAACUGGAUUUUGUCUGUACUAAAAGAAUGCUAUGGUCUGGAAACAUAUGUGGAUUUCCAUCUUCUUGGAA